GUGACGUCACUGCCGUGCGCCCAAACGCGCUGGCGGGCGGCAGAUUCAAACCGAGGGCGCUGGGAUCUGGCGAGCGGAGUCGUCGUGUCGUCCUGGGGGAGGUUUCCUCCUGAGUUCCUCUGCCGGGCAGCCGGGGAGCCGGGCAGCGACCGCGGGGUGAGCCCGGACUGCGGCGAGUGCCGUGGACCCGCCGCGAAGAUGGCCGUCUCCACCACCGUCUCGAAGCGGAUCAAGCGCAAGGCGCCCCGAGCCUUCCUCAGGCGCACCUUCAAGCAGAAGAAGCCGCACCUUCGUCUGGAGACGGACUGCGACCUCCUGAUUCAUUUGAAUUGCUUACUCUUUGUUCAUCGAUUGGCAGAAGAGUCCAGGAUAAAUGCUUGUGAAAGUAAAUCUAGAGUUAUCAAAAAGGAUCAUAUACUGGCUGCAGCAAAGGUAAUUCUGAAGAAGAGCAGAGGUUAGAAGUCAACACAUGUUUAAGAAUUAUAUGAUGUGUUAAUUUAAGUGGCAACAGAUCAUUAAGACAUUUUGUAUAUAUUAGUUUAUAU